AUGGCUUUUCGAGGACGUCGACCGUCACCAAAGCAACAAAGAGAGUUGGAUGCAAAAAUGCAUCAAACAUUACGAUCAUUGAUGCUUCCACAUUAUGAGCGUGAAGAAUCGGCUCGCAGGUCAGCCUUUUUGGAAGCGCAACGUAUCUUGGCAGGAAAAGAGAAUCACAGCCAAAACCACUAUAUAGUGCCAAAGGAGGAAGUGGUAUCAGAAGAUGACUUGGACUUAGAAUGUGAUCUCGAACUCGAACCGCGAAAAGAGCAUAUGGAUAACGAGCCGCUUCCAUCCUCUUCGCAAACGAAACCAUCUCCGUAUAGGAGAGCCCAGGAUCGAACAAGAAGUGAAGUUUCGAGAAGUGCUGAGGUCCCACAGAGGGUUGGUGAGGUACUUGAAGUCGAGGACGACAAUGAAGCAAGUGAAGUUCCGAGAAGUGCUGAGGUCCCACAGAACUUUGGUGAGGUACUUGAAGUCGAGGACGACAAUGAAGCAUGCGAUGACGAUGAACCUCUUUUCAACAACGAGUUGACUGCUGAGCAGAAGUUACAGCUAUCUGAAGGCAGAUCGGCAAUUGAAAGUCGUGCAACCGCUUAUCAUCCAGAGAUCCAAUUCGAUGUUGACGCGGAGGUGACUCUCGAGCAGUUAAAAACGUGCGAUGACGAUGAACCUCUUUUUGACAACGAGUUGACCGCCGAGCAGAAGUUACAGCUAUCCGAAGACAGAUCGGCAAUUGAAAGUCGUGCAACCGCUUAUUAUCCAGAGAUUCAGUUCGAUGUUGACGAGGAGGUGACUCUCGAGCAGCUAAAAACGCUAUCUUUGGACGAUGUCUGCACACGUAUGGCCUACUGCGCACAUUGUGCCUCCGUUGGUGGCGACACCAAACAUAGUGCAUCGUGGUAUACGGGGCUAAUGAAAAGAUGCCUGGAAGCCGUUGCAACCCAUGAGUACCCUCGCCCUCACUUGCCAUUCGAAGUAGAGCGUUUGCUCGACGACUAUUGUGAUAAGAUAGCUGAGGAACACCGAGCUGAAAUUGAACGGAAUGCAGUGAAAUUGGAAAGGCGUAGCGUAGGAUGCACGACAACUAUAUUCGAAUGCGUUUAUCCAGUGUCUGCUGAAGUUAUGUCGAACAACAAGGUGCUGCUCACAGGAGUUUGUGGAGAUGCAGAUGCCUUCUUUAAGCUUUACCUGCAAAAUGUUCACAUAAAGCAGAGAAAGCAGUGUUACAAGAAUUGCAUAUGUCUAUCGGUUUCCUACCUCGAUCCAAAUGUUCUGCACUUUGCGGCUGCUUAUGGAAAUGCGCAGUUUAUCAAGAAGGUUUUAUUUCCUGAGGAUUCGCUGCCAGAGGACCAACCUCUCCGCGACCACUAUAAGGCAAAAAUCUAUCACUAUCUAGUCGUGGAAUUUGUGGAUGACAUUAACUCCAUUCAGACCAUGAUUGACGGCUGGUUAUGCGCAGCGAUCAGCGCCGACUAUAAAGAUUGUGCUCGAGAACUACUCGGAUCUGUAGAGUGUGCGAAAAUGUUGCAGGAGCGAAAAGUUGGAAUGUCGACUCCAAGAUGUUCGAUGACGUAUAAAGAAUAUAUUGAAUCUCCGCUCUCACUGGCUGUUUAUCAUGGAAAUUCGGAGAUGAUCAAAAUGCUUCAUUCCUGGCAGCUCAUACAAGACCAACACUUUCCACAGGCGUUCCGCGAGGCAGCAAAUGCUGGAGAUGUUCAAAUGCUCAUCGAAUUAUAUGAAUUGUGUAAAAGAAACUUGAACUUAGUAGUGGAGCAGAACCCGGAGCGUUCGCAGCAAACUCCUUUGCAUGUGGCUGCUGCAGCUGGUCACCUAAGAGCAGUUCAAUAUAUGUGUACGUGGGGUGAAUCUCUGAGAACUAAACCUGAUGCUGCAGGAGAUCUACCAGUAACAUAUGCUAUCGAGAACGGACACAUGGUGCGUGAGUUUUGGAGCAAAUAA